AUGUGUGUCAUACUUCCAGUCAGCCACAUACCCUGCACACAUACAGUUGCGAUAUGGCAGCACUGCAUCGAUGCCACCCGAUCCGGUCGAAAUGGAGUAAAGCCCUGCUGGAACGUUAAACAGCAUGAGAAAUCUGUCAUCACCCGCAGACUAUGUGAGGACUGUAGUGGCCAGCGCUUCUUCGCGCGGCGAGGCGGCGUCGCUGAGCGCGGCAACGGCAGUCCCACACCUUCUCCUGCAGCAAACGACUCCGCCGACGACUCAGGCUACCACAGCGACGUCAUCCACGAGGAAGACGAGGCUUCAGAUCGCGAUGAAUGUCCCUUGUCUCCCAAAGCACUGGCGCCACGCACCAAGCCCAACAAACAGCGCAAACGUACCUCGUCCAACCACCACUCUUUGACGCGCAAGCCCAGCUGGAAGCCCAACCUCAAACGCGAGCUCGACUUCGAGCUCGCCCAAGCAGAGAAAGAACUCGACGCUCUUACACCCUUCAUCACCCACAGAGGACACGAAGCGCAGACCAAGUAUCUACGCACGCAGAGGCUCGUCGCUAUUACACCCUUCUCUACCCACGGAGCCAGUGGCUGUGACACAGCUGCAUAA